AUGGUGGGAGGAAGUGUGAACAUAUCAGCCAGAUGCAACACAGCUGAGAAUGCCAAGAUUACUCUGAAAAACAAGCUGUUUGUGUGUUGGAUUUAUUGGUUCUUUUCUAGUCUAAUAACACCCAUACUUAAGUCAACUUUCUAUGUCACAGAAACUGAGGCUGGAAAACAAGAUAUAUUUUAUUACCGAAAGCAAAAUUGGGAGAAGCUAACUCAAACCGCUGUCUCAUGCAUGAGAGAGCGGAGUUACAGAUUGCUGGAUUAUAAAUAUUUAAGGAGUAUAUUGUUCAAGAGACCCUUUGGGUUUUCAAAAGUCAGAUUUCGUCCAAAGGGAAAAGGAGUGAGGGCUCUAGCAAAUAUGAAAGCAGCAUCAAGUAUACCAGCUGACAAAAAAGUCAUUCCUCUUCAGGGAUCUUCAAGUUUUCAUUUUAAUGGUAUGCAGAAUAAUGAAGGGAGAAAAUAUUUUUUUAAGGCUGUGAAUAAUGGUCUUCGCGAUUUAAGUGCUGUUCUAAAAGGAAUACAGAUGAAUCAUCCCCACCUCUUGGGAUCAUCAGUAUCUUGUUAUGAUAAUGUCUACGAGAAGCUUGCACCUUACAUUAUUGGUUUGAAGAACAGAGUCAAAUUCAUGCCAAGGGCAUAUGUUGUCAUUUGUGACGUGUCAAAGGCAUUUGAUUCUAUUGAUCAGGAUAAGCUCCUUCAAGUGAUGAAAGAUGUUAUGAUGAAUGGCCAGUAUCUCACAAAGUGGUCUUCCCAAGUCAUCUGA